ACUUAUUUAUUUUGACGUGGAACUUGCUUGGUCAGAAAACAAAACGUCCAUGGAGCCAGUGUUACUGUAAAUUCAUUCCUUCAGUUUUAAUUUAAUAAUAUAGUGAAAAUCACCUAAGCAUCACAUUAUUUGUAUCGACCUCGGAAGUAUUAUGUCUACUAAUAAAUACUCGAUACUUCUACCAACGUACAACGAGAAAGACAAUCUACCCAUCAUCAUAUGGUUGAUCGUGAAGUAUAUGAAGGAAGCAAACAUUGAUUAUGAGGUAAUUAUUAUUGACGAUGGAAGCCCUGAUGGCACUCUGGACGUCGCCAAGCAGUUGCAAAAGAUUUACGGUGAAGACCGAAUUCUUUUGAGACCACGGCCCUCCAAGCUGGGUCUUGGAACUGCCUACAUUCACGGUAUCGAGCAUGCCAAUGGAAACUUCAUCAUAAUUAUGGAUGCUGAUUUAAGUCAUCAUCCAAAAUUCAUUCCUCAGUUCAUCAUGCUCCAGCAGGUGACAAAUUUCGAUAUUGUUACCGGAACACGCUACAAAGGUACUGGCGGCGUUUACGGGUGGGACUUCAAGCGAAAGCUUAUUUCGCGGGGCGCAAAUUUUUUAUCUCAGGUACUACUGAGACCGAAUGUGUCCGAUCUAACCGGUUCUUUCAGGCUGUAUAAAAAAGAUGUGCUGAGUGAGCUCAUUUCGCGCUGCACCUCGAAGGGGUACGUCUUCCAGAUGGAAAUGAUCGUGAGAGCUCGGCAGCUAAACUACUCCGUAGGUGAAGUGCCGAUCUCGUUCGUGGAUCGUGUGUAUGGACAGUCCAAGCUAGGUGGGUCAGAAAUUGUUCAAUUUGCGAAAAAUUUGCUGUAUCUGUUUGCCACCACAUAGUUUUAAUAAACGGUUUUUUUUCUCGAUGUGACCUACUAAAAUAAAUUGUUAUUGGAGAGAGGCGUAUAGAGCGUUCUUGUGAUUUUGCUACGAAUAAACUUUUUUCAAUUUACC